AUGGCCCGUACAUCAUCGCGUCAAGCGGCUCAGAAAGCCAAUGAAGCUCUAUCAACUCGCAAGGCCAGUGCAAAACCUCCUGCGGGCAGAAAACGCAAGGCUAGUCAGAAAGAUGCGCCAGAAGCAAAGAAGGAGAAGGUAGAGGAGCAGCAGCCAGACAAGCCGGUGGAAUCAGAGCAGAAAGCUGAUGCAGAGCACCACCAACACGGGGACGCCCCAGAGACCAAAAAGGUGGCCGAGACCUCUCAGCCAGAGAAUCAGAAGGCACUUGACGUAAAAGUUGAGUCUCAGCAGCUACAGGAGAAGUCUGAACAGGAUAAGCAAGUAGGCAAUGGCCCCGAGGAAGAGGAGUCCACGAGGGAUACUACGCAAAAAGCCUCCUCAACACAUCACGAUGCUGCUGGAUCGAGUUCCAAGAGCGAGCUAGGGGUCCGGACAUCCGAGGAGCGAGAAGAGAAGGUUUCCUCCAACAUCCUCGAGAAAGGUAUCAUUUACUUCUUCUAUCGCUCACGGGUGAAUGUCGACGAUCCCCACGGGAUGAAGGAUAUUGCGCGUACCUUUUUCGUGCUACGACCGACUCCGAUUGGGGCUGAGCUGGAUUCCAACCAAGGACCAGUAGACAAGAAUGCCCGGUGUCGUCUCUUAGUCCUGCCCAAGAAGAAGCUUCCCACUUCGGGCAAAGAACGUGACAUGGCGUUUGUGGAGAAAGUCAACCAGUCGGUCAAAGACCUCCAGGAACACUUCAUUGCUGGAUCAACAUACCAGACUGCUACCCGUGGGGAACGCCAUGUGGAGGAAGCUCAGCCUUUCGCAGAGGGGGUUUAUGCUAUCACAUCUGCACCGCGAGCAUCGCACUUGGCCUACAUUUUGACAAUUCCCUCGGAGCCUGGAGAUCUUCAAGACAACUUUGGGAUUCACCAGCGAGGUAGUUUCAUUGUCCAGUCUAAGAAUCCAAAAUACCCUGGACCUGCCUCAGCCCAGCUACCGGAGCAGCCAAAAUACCCUGAAUCUAUUAUGGAGCAAUUCCGGGACCUGAGAUGGGUACCUCUGCGACCCGAGUUCAUUGACUAUCCAAAUGCGCAACUGCUCAUGAUUGGAGAGGCACACGAUUCUCUGGGCAAGGCCGCCACCGCCGAGGUCGAGAAGAAACCACAGGAGAGCGAGCCAGGAGAUGAGUUGGAAGAGAUGGAGCACGAGAAUGAGGAACGUGUGCAUGCACUGGGUGGUGAGCGUUCCCGUUCGACAGAAAUGGUCUUGUCACAGACUAACAGAGACUUUACUUCAGGAGACGGCGCCAUUUUCCAGGACCUUGGCUUAGAUGCAAAGAAGCACGCCGGGGUACCUACGACCUGGGACGCGACAGUGAAAGAUGAAGCGGAGUAA